GAAUCAUGGUAGAAUUUUUGGGGAAACUUGUCUUUUACUAGCUUGCGGUGAACAUUUUCGUUCGGGUGGAAUAAUUUCGAAAACAUCAAUCAAAUUGUUACCUAAUUGCUGUAAAAAUAUGAAUUCCUUACGCAUGGUAUUGCGACAAAACGUACGGCAGCUACGUCAAUUCCAUAAAUGUACCACGUCGCACCAAACUGCUACUUUGGCUCAGCCAUCGGAGCCCCUCAGCAUUCCGCAUCCCGAAGGAGUGGAGAAGCCAGUCAGUCCCAAAAUUGAUAGAAUUGCCACUGACAUAACAGCGCUGAGCUUAUUGGAGGUAGCAGAACUUAGUGAUGUAUUAAAAAGGAGGCUAAAUCUGCCCGAUGCACCCGUUAUGCCCAUCGGUGGAUUCGCUGGUCUAGCUGCACCAAAAGCUGAGGAUGAUGAGGAUGCUCCCGCAGCAAAAAAAGUACAAACUUCAUUCACAGUUAAGCUUAUGCAGUUUGAUGAGAAACAGAAAGUAGCGCUUAUCAAAGAAUGCAAAAGUCAAUUAGAAGGAAUGAACCUUGUUCAGGCCAAGAAGUUUGUGGAAAGCGCUCCAGCAGUUGUAAAGGCUGAUAUUCCAAAGGAAGAAGCUGAGAAGCUGAAAGAAGCACUUACCAAAGUUGGUGCUGUUAUUGAAAUUGAAUAAAUAAUUUUUAACUGUUACCAAACACAGCAACACACGAUUUGUAACUUACGUCGUAGAAUCAUAGAAAUAAAUGUACAUUAAACAAA